UUCUGAGCUGGUCAGACCAGAGUCACAGCAAGCACAAACGUUUGUAAAAAAUCAAUCAAAGACUUUUUGGAUGAUUGAAAAAAAAUCUGUUUUUUUUCCGGAGAAAAUGUUUGUCACUGUACGGUUUGGAGAAGACCAAAGAGAAAUAUUUAACCCAAACUGCAGAAUUGUCAAUUUUCUCCACUCUCUGAAAGAUCGCUGUGGCUGCGAGGCUGAAGCUUGUGUAGAUCUAAUAGAUGAACUGGGUACCCUUGUGAAUCUGAGUGAGAAGGAAAAUUCUUCUGAAUAUACCAACAGCUUCUUAAAGGAGAGACAUGAUUAUAUCCUGAUUCAAGUUAUACGAGGUGAGACCAAUGAAAACAACAGAUAUGAAUCAUUAUUAUUAAACCUAGGAAAGCACUACCCUGAUGUUUCAGAUUUUCUGCAGAAACUGUCCAACCCACAGAAAGGAGGUGAUAAACGUACUUCUCUUUCUAGAAGAAGUCGUCAAGUCAAAGAAUCUGCUAAUAGUCACCAAGCAAGCAAGAAUAAAACACUGCCUGGGAACAAAAAGAAUACUGGCAUAAAUUACAAAAUUUAAGAGAAAUGUCCUCGCAUUUCGAAAAUCUGUUAGAAAUUAAAAAAAUGUUCAAGUACAUCGUAAAAAGGAAUUAUACAAUAAUGAUAAACGUUUUGUAAUUGAGUAUGCUUGCAUGAUUUUUAAACUCAAUGGAAAAACUUGAGAUAGAAAGAUACUUUGGCUCCCAUUAAGCUUGUAUGUCUUACGGAAUACAUCAGUGCUAUUAAACUUUAAAAAUGAGACAAUAAACUGUGAAUUAUGAACCAUUUAGGAUCUCUGAUGAGUAUUAUCUCCUAUCAUUCUGCAAAUGAAUGAUAUUGUUGAUACAACAAAAAUUGUUAGAAUGGAAUUAGGAAGAAGGAUUUUUACUCUUUACGGCAUUCCGCCAGUUCCUAUUGAUCUUUGAUGAGUAAGGUGGACUUUAGCACGUCAUGUAAAUAGCAUUUAUUGAUAUAUAAAGUGGGUAUACAGAAAUUGUUAGAGCUCAUAUAGCAUCAUGGCGUUAAUGGCUCAUCUGAUGCCCAAAAACAAUCUAUCUAAAAUAAACACAUUUUAGGAGCAUCACAGAGCCUGCCAAAAUAACACAAAUGGUAACAUUCCUGAAUCACAGCAUUUGAAUUCCCAGCUUUUUUAUGUGUGUGAAAAGCCAUUUUAACAGAAUGAAUGGUGACUUUGAACUGGCCUGGUAUGAGAGAGUCUGAGUAUUGUUAUAAGUGUCUUCUUAAUGAGUGGCGUUCCAACCAUCAUCACUUCUUUCUAGGAAGAAUAAAGCCUGGUCUAAUAGUAUAAAAUAUAGUGUACUUAUGUAAUGAAUACUGCUAAAAUGUAAAUAUGUGAGCAAUAAAUUAUUUGCAGGAAAGAAAAUACAAUUUCUUG